GCCGCCUCAGCUUUGUCCGCCUCUCUCUCUCCGGCUCACUCCUCUCCCACUCUCCUCUCUGAGCUGGAGUGGAUAGCGUCUGAACUCAGCUACUAAAUGCUCUUUACCAUCGGAGUGCAUCUGUUUGGGGCUGUUUGUCACACAAAGAGAACAUAUUUAGAGAAAUGCUAGGCAAUCAACGCCAGCUGAGCGACUGCAGGCGGUGCACAUAGCGGAUCUGGGAAGAGUGAAGUUGGAGGGAGAGCUGCUGAGAGGAACAGGUGGAGCACUGGCAUCAGGAACUUCAGCACUUCAGCAUAUUUACUUCCAAGAGGCCCAGGUGAUUGCCCAGACGCUCGAAUGCAUUUAUCGCUGGAUACCAUGAGCAUGGUGGACGACAGCUGCCUCUCGCCCAGCAAUUUCCACGAACUGGGUAAAGGUGGGGGCGUUGCAGUGGGAGGCCGCGUCCACAGCAUCGAUGUCAUCCUGGGUUUCAGCAAAGAACAGGACCCCUUGCUAAGUCCCGCCACGGCCCCCGGACCCCACAAAGUGAACAUAGACAGCCUGGCGGAGACCGGGAAGCAGCUGGAGCCCUCGUCGCACUCGUCCUACAGCGGGCACCUUUCCUCUCUGAGAAGCAGCGGCGACACAGAGCAGCAGCAGUACCACGACUCCGGCUUAUUUGCAAACAAAUGUGACCAGGAACUGAGCGAGCUGAGGAAGAGUAUAGAGAGCGAUGAAGGCAAGUCUCCGGACCCAAGCAAGGAUGAGCAGCCCAAGAAGAAACACAGGCGCAACCGCACCACCUUCACCACCUACCAGCUGCACGAGCUGGAGCGUGCCUUUGAAAAGUCCCAUUACCCAGACGUGUACAGCCGCGAGGAGCUCGCCAUGAAGGUGAACCUCCCCGAAGUCCGAGUUCAGGUCUGGUUUCAGAACCGCAGAGCUAAAUGGCGCCGGCAGGAAAAAAUGGACGCCAGCACCAUGAAGCUCCACGAUUCACCCAUGCUCUCUUUCAACCGUCCGGCACCGGUUCACACCAGCAUGGGUCCAAUGACCAACUCCCUCCCCUUGGAACCCUGGCUGACCUCUCCCCUGUCCAGUGCUACACCUGUGCACAGUAUCCCAGGCUUCAUGGGUCCAGCUCAAGGCCUCCAGCCCAGCUACCCAAGCCACCAUUUCCUCAACUCCACCCCCCACGCUCCUCACGCUCCUCACGGUCCUCAUCCACACCCUCACACUCAUCCCCAUCCGUCCAUGGGUCAGGGGAUGCAGAGCAUGGCUCCUCCUCCUUAUCAGUGUCCAGCACCAUACCCUGAAAAGUACCCUUUGGAGGAUGUGGACCAGCGCAGCUCCAGUAUUGCUGCGCUGAGGAUGAAAGCCAAGGAACACAUCCAGUCUAUGGACAAAACCUGGCAACCCAUGUGACUAACGAGCUCGGCGGUCGACGUGAGCAAUGCUGGAAGUGACACGUCACGUGCGACGCCACUAAGUGAAAGAAGCGGAUUCUGAACUGUGAAAGCUGAAGACGUAAGAAUUUUUGUUCGGGGGGGGGAGACUUUAUUUUCUUUUUUACUUCUUCCCCCUUAAAAAACAUCUGAAACCUUCAGCGGGUUAAAAGUUUCCGAUAUUUUUGCUCGUCCAAUCUCUAGGUGUCUAUCGUUGCCUUGGGUUCGAUAAAAACAAAUGUCUUCUUGGUGAAACAAACAGUUUAUGACACCCAGAAGCAUUUACGAGUCACAAACAGGCUCUGAACGCACGUUUCAUGCUGCAGCUCUUCGGGCGCACCAAC